ACAUCCCAUGGUGCUUUGCGGCGCGGCCUCGCGUUCUUCCGGUCGGGGCAGUCGGGGCGUAGAGGGCGCUCUGCGGGCACUGCGGGCGCAGCGGGCAGCAGGAUGUUGGCCUCCAGAGUAGCCAGCCUCGUUAGUAGACGGGCACUUUCCACUUCAUUGUGCUUACGGGCCCACGGGAGUGUGGUGAAGAGUGACGACUAUGCGUUACCCAUCUAUGUGGACCGGCGCGACUACCCGCUGCCCGACGUGGCACAUGUGCAGAGCCUGUCGUCAGGCCAGAAGGCCUUGAAGGAGAAGGAGAAGGCGGCCUGGAGUAGCCUGUCCACCCAGGAGAAAGUGGAAUUGUACCGCCUCAAGUUCAAUGAGAGCUUCGCAGAGAUGAACCGCGGCUCCAAUGAGUGGAAGACAGUGGUGGGUGGCGCCUUGUUCUUCGUUGGCUUCACGGCCCUUAUCAUCAUCUGGGAAAAGUUCAACAUGUAUGGCCCGAUCCCGCACACCUUCGAGGAGGACUGGGUGGCCAUGCAGACCAAGCGCAUGCUGGACAUGAAGGUGGCGCCCGUGCAGGGCUUCGCAGCCAAGUGGGACUACGACAAGAACGAGUGGAAGAAGUGAGGCUCCCCAGCUCCCAGCCCCCAGACAGCUCCCACCUCCUGGAAACCUUUGCUCGCACUUCUACACCUGGAGCUAAUAAACGAGCUGUUUCCCCGAA